AUGGACAAGAAGAUAACUGUGAAACAAUCUGAAAAGGAAAACGCCGAUAGGGUCAAAGAAGAAGAAGAAUCCGACGAUAGACUGGAAUCAGAAACGAAAAAGCGUGUGUCAAGUAUUAUUAUGGCUUCUGUUGGAAGUCUGGAACCGUUUGACUUAACUACUCCCUCAAAAUGGGUUGCCUACAAGGAGCGUUUCGAACUGUAUUUACUGGCCAACGACAUCGAAGAUGAAUCGCGGAAGAAAGCGGCGUUUCUCACACUGGCCGGAGCGCCAUUGUACGAACUUCUUACGUCACUGGCAUCUCCCAGGCAAAUCAGCGAGUCGAAAUUGUCAGAAAUAUACCACGUCUUAACCGCUCAUUUGUCUCCUCGCCCAUCCGAAAUUGCUGCGUUCUAUCAUUUCCAUAAUCGGGACCAGCAUUCGGACGAAUCAGUGGGGGCGUACAUGGCGGCCUUGCGGAGUUUGGCUGUGGACUGCAUAUUCGGAAGCGCCCUAGAUCGAAUGCUUCGUGAUCGUUUUGUUUGCGGAAUGCGGGAUGAAGGCCUGCAAAGAACAGUGCAGCGGGUUUUGGAGCGAGCUGUAACGAGUGAGGCAACAGCCAUCAGUGCCUUAUCUAUGCGGAAACAAAGUGAUUCCCACUCAGAUCCAAACGCUGAGUCCAUUCAUGGCAUUCGCACAAGUCGUAAUUUAAAGCCACGUACAUCAGUCGUACCCGAAGGACCUUGCGCGGGCUGCGGAGGCCAACACAUUCGCAAGAAAUGCCCUUUCCGCAACGCCACCUGCCACGGCUGCGGUCGCACCGGCCAUAUACAAAAGGUGUGUCGCAGCGCUCCUCAAACACGGUCUUCAAGUUACGGGUCUCCAACGCCAAGUUCCCGAUCGAACCGAAAUGGGACAUCUCGUGUAAACCAGAUAUUGCCGCUGGUCAGCCAAAAGAAAUCAGUCUCAAUCGCAAUCAACGGCCGUACUUGCGUAUUUGAAGUAGGCUCUGGAUCCCCGGUGACCAUUAUGAAGGAAUCGACGUUCAGGUACAUCUGGCCAAACGAAAAGCCAGAUCUAAUGUCAUUUAGAACUUAA